GAAUUAUUAUUUAACUUGCAGCUGGACGGAAGGAAGAUACUUGAUGAAAUUAAUAUUCAAUACGAUAAACAACUCUAAACGCAUAAUAAUUCGUGUACAGAACGCCUACCAAAUUUUUCUAGAAUUUUUGUAUGCGUUUCAAUAUACACAAGCAAAGCAUAGUUCAAUUGAUCGGAUAUCCUUUUCACUAUUAACUUCGUUUACCUUUUGAUUUAAAGUGGAAAUUCUUAGAGCCGAAAGGCAUUAGUAGUUAGUAUUAUAGUUUAACUUAGAGUGUUCGCAUGGCACAAAGUUUAAACGAAAUCGCGGAGAAAACAAAAUGUUGUCGGCCGGAGACGUCUGUGAAAGAUGUUAUUCUUAAGCUUAGAACGCUUAAAACGCAAUAUUUAAAAGAAAAAAAUAACAUUAUCCGUUCAAAAAGAAGUGGUGUGGGUGCAAAUGAAGUGUAUGUGCCUAUAUUGUGGUGCUACGAUAGGCUCAAUUUCUGGGAUAACACCGGUGAUGAGGUUGUUGGAGAGUCGAAUAUUUCAUUUUUGUCGGAGCAUUUUGAUCCCACAUCAUCGGAAAUCAUUGCUGAGCCAGAGGUACACAGCUUACCAAAGACAUCCAGAUCCUUACAUACAACAGUUCCGAAACGGAAAGGUAGUGUAUCAAACAUGGAACUCAAAGCGCUACAGGCGCUUUCAGCGGCUGAUAAAAUAGCUAAUGCGAUAACAAACAAACCAUCCUCAGUUCUUCGGCAUUUCUUAGGCAAUUUAGAAGAGGAAAUGAUAGUUGUAAAGGAUGAAGAUCUGAUGCGGGAGAUGAAGUGGAAGAUAUAUGACAUCGUUAAACAAUUCCAAAUCAAACAACGUAAUGUCGGCGUACCACCGUCAAGAUCUUCAACUCCAUCAAGAUUUACCAAUUAUUCCAGGGUAAGGUUGUUGUCUGAAGUAACCGAUGAAGAAAAUUCCAAUUCUACAAGUUCAUCAAACAGAAACAUAAUUGAAAGUGCAAUGGAAGAUGUUUUUGAUGACGAAGAUUUUUUAUAAAUAAUUAAUAGUCUUUUUUGUGUUUCGUUUUUUUGUUUUGUUAAUUUUUAUUUUUGUUUAGUUUUAAAAAAAUGAAGGCUAUGCAAUAUUAUUUUAUUAAUAAAUGAAUGAAAUAGUUUAAUAACAUAA